GUACACGUCAGAAGUCGGCGCGGGCGACCGACACCUUGGACCCCGCCAAGAGUGGCGAGUGCUGUUUAUCAGAAUCACCAUGAGCAAGCGGAACCAGGUGUCGUAUGUGCGGCCCGCAGAGCCCGCCUUCCUGUCCCGCUUCAAAGAGCGAGUCGGCUACAGGGAAGGGCCCACCGUAGAGACCAAGAAAAUCCAGCCUCAGCUUCCAGAUGAGGACGGCAAUGAAAGCGACAAAGAAGAUGAACAGCCUCAAGUAGUGGUUUUAAAAAAGGGAGACCUCACAGCUGAAGAAGUCAUGAAAAUUAAAGCAGAAAUAAAGGCUGCCAAAGCAGAUGAAGAACCACCUCCAGCUGACGGAAGAAUCAUGUAUCGAAAACCAGUUAAACGUUCCUCAGAUGAGAAGUGUUCGGGCCUAACAGCAAGCUCCAAAAAGAAGAAAACAAAUGAAGAUGAUGUAAACAAGCAAAGUCCAGUUAGAAAGAACUCACAAAAACAAAUAAAAAAUAGCAGCCUCCUUUCCUUUGACAGUGAAGAUGAAAAUGAGUAAAUAUAGACACUGUGGACUUGGUUUCCUUGUGGACCUUGGUAACGGGGUGAUUUUAAAAAUAUUACUUUUCUUCUAUCUUCAAGCACUAGUACUUCAACUUCGUUACAGAAAAAUUCAGAAAUAUAGGAAAUGGUUUCAUGAAAUAAACCCAUCCAUCACUGCCCCUCUGUUUGGAAAUAACAGACACUCACUACUGCUAACAUUUUAUUACCUCCCACCUAUGGUAUGUAUAUAUGUAUAUUGCCUUUUAAAACAAAACUGAGAUUGUUAUAUAUGUUCUUUGUCCUGCUUCUUAAUUACAUUUGUAGAAUUUUCUGAAGUAUUUAUUUCAAAAUCUAACAUGAAAGGCUUAC